AAGCCCAGUUCAACCCCCCAUGUGGUGGCGCUUGCUCGAUUGAUUUGUGCUCAGUGCAGUUUACGUCAGGUAUCUCCGGUUUACGACAUCCCGCCAUUUUAUUUUUACGAACCCUCGUACCACAUUUAACUUUUUCUCGGCACACGGCCUGGUUUUCUUGUGCAGUCGGACUUUAAGUUGUUGGUAGCAUACUUUUGCAAGAGCAGCAGGUCCAGGAGCUCUACAUAUACCGUACGCUUCUUCUUGUGGUCCAUGUUCUGAUAUUGGCCAAGACACUGGAGGAGAGAAGGUGAAAGAUGACGCAGUUUUUACCUCCUAACUUGCUGGCCCUCUUUGCACCGCGGGACCCCAUACCCUUCUUGCCUCAGCUGGAGAAGUUGCCCCAUGAGAAACAUCACAACCAACCUUAUAGUGGCAUUGCACCAUUCAUCAGGCAUUUCGAGGACCCCAGAGAUGCCCCUCCACCAACACGGGCAGAGACCCGUGAAGAGCGUUUGGAGAGGAAGAGGAGAGAGAAGAUUGAGAGGAGACAGGCGGUGGUGGAGACAGAACUAAAGCUUUGGGAUCCUCAUAAUGACCCCAAUGCACAAGGGGAUGCCUUCAAGACUUUGUUUGUUGCACGAGUGAACUAUGAUACUACAGAGUCCAAGCUUCGACGUGAAUUUGAGGUUUAUGGCCCCAUCAAACGGAUUUACAUAGUGUACAACAAGAAGACGGGGAAGCCUCGGGGCUAUGCAUUCAUUGAAUAUGAGCAUGAACGAGACAUGCACUCCGCAUAUAAGCAUGCAGAUGGGAAGAAGAUUGAUGGUAGGAGAGUGUUGGUGGACGUAGAACGAGGACGCACAGUCAAGGGAUGGCUUCCUCGCCGACUAGGCGGUGGAUUGGGUGGCACUAGAAGAGGUGGAGCUGAUGUGAACAUCAAGCACUCUGGCCGAGAUGAUGCAUCGCGUUAUGACGAUCGCUCCCUAGGAGGUGAUCGGGACCGUGGAGAAAGGAGGGAGCGCAGCCGAGAACGCGACCGAGACAAGGAUAGAGAACGACGGAGAUCCCGAUCUCGCGAACGCCGUCGACGUACACGUUCCCGGGAGAGGGAGAGAGACAGACAGAUUGUAGGGGAUGACGGUAGCGGCGGAAGUACCCGGCGUCGUGAGCGAGAGAGGGAUCGUGGUGGGGCAGCGGGGGGAGACAGCAGGAGUAGGGAGAGGAGUAGAGAGCGGAAGAGAAGAAGUAGGAGCCGGGAUCGCAAAAGAGACCGGGAAAGAGGCAAGGGGCUGGAUGGAGAAGAGGUCAGUCAGGGAGAGGGAGCCCCUGAGGGUGUUGAGCGGAUGAUGGAGGAACAAGAAGAAGUGGGUGAGGGCAUGGAGGAGCGCAGGGACAGGGAGAGGGACAGAGAAAGAGACCGAGACCGCAGACGUAGCCAUAGGGACAGAGACAGGCGCAGGGGAGACCGAGACCGAGACAGGGAGCACAAAAGGGAGCGGGGGGAGAGAGACAGGGGAGACCGCAGAGAGGAGCGCCACAGCUCCCUGCGAGAUGAUACAGGCCCCCAAGAUGACAUGGGCCAUGACGAUGAGGGAGGAGCUGUGCCUCACAUGGAGGAGUACAGUCAGGAUGGGAUGCUGAUGGACCAACAGUCAGUGCCGUCGGCUGAUGGCUAUGGCUCCAGUGAGAAUGGCUACAAGAUGGAGGCACCAGGGGACGAGUACUGAGAUGAUUUAAUCCCAGCAGACUCCCAUUCCCACACCCGAAGCCUUAGUGAUUUUGGGGCUUCCUCAGUAUCAGACACUUAGCUAGCUUUCUCAUGUCUGUGAAGAAACUGUUGAAAUAUUCCAUUUGAUGUUGUUUCACACACAGUUGUUGUCUAACUGUGUAUAACUGAUUUGAUCUUGCUUAAAUUCAAGGAAGUUACUAAAACUGUAGUUUUCCCGCAUUGUCCAGCUAAUCGGUGCCACUCAAUGUUAUCAGAUAUGCCCCCGUCCCACCUUGGGAACUGUAUAAACACAAGCUUUGUUCAUUAUUAUUUCCAGAUUCAUAAAGUAGGUAGAUUGUAUGGUUAUUUGGACCUGGUGACUUUUGCGCGGUGUAUGUGAAAUUGAAGGAACUACAGUACUAUGUGACAGUUGGGGGUUGUUCUGUUUAUUCAUUCUGGAAUAAAACAUUUUUAAAUUGUC